AGCGCAGUUUGUACUUUGAUACUUAAGGCGCAAUUUCCGGCCAGAAGCGGCUGAUGUAACAUGGUGGAUCUUGUAUUUACAUGUUAAAUCCACGUGUUCGCACAAACAAAACAAACUACACCAACCACUUUAUUCCUUUUAAACGCAUUUUAACGCAUAAAAUAACGACAGGGCUAGCUUAAAAAUAACUAAUAGGCUUAAAUCAGAUGUAAUUUGAUCGCAAAAUAGUUUUAUUUCAUUUUUUUUGCGCGUUUAAACGCGAUAUGAAUUGGCGCGAAUUGUGUCCUAAAUAAGGCACUUAUCGUUAUAAUUUAUUCCCUGGCUUCCUAUUGGUCGAAAGUAAAAACAAGGCUGAGUUCGAUACUACAAGGCAAUAAACGUUAUUGUGAAAUCCACGUGUCUUAAAGGAAGGGGACCGUUGUGUUUUUUCUUCGUUUUACCUCUGUUUUAACUGUACAAAAUUACAAUCGGAGGAUCAGAUUUUUUACACAUAUAUUCAAAAAGAUGUCAAGUUUAAUGGCAAACGAAGAGCGACCGCCGAGCAAUUCUAGCAGCCCCGAAACUGAGAAAGGAUUGUUGAAUGGCGAUAAGCCGAGUGGUGUUAGUUUGAAACGUGAUGUCGGGCUUCUCGGUGGCGUUGCUGUGAUCGUUGGUACUAUGAUUGGUAGUGGUAUCUUUGCUUCACCAAAGGGAGUUCUUGAAGCAUCAGGGUCUGUUGGCAUGGCGCUCAUAGUCUGGGCUAUAUGCGGUGUUCUCGCUGUUUGUGGUGCAAUGGCAUACGCUGAACUAGGAACGAUGAUCCCAAGUUCUGGAGGCGAGUACGUUUACUUGCGUGAAUCUUUUGGUGCUCUGCCGUCCUUCCUCUACGCUUGGACCGCCUGUAUCGUCAUCAAACCUUCUCAAUUGGCGAUCAUAUGUUUGAUUUUUGGCGAAUACAUUGUUACACCUUUCUUUCCUGAUUGUACGACGCGUUCUGAUGUUCAAACUAUUAUAAAACUGUUAGCUGCUUUGGCGAUUGCUAUUAUCACAAUUGUAAACUGUUUGAGUGUCAAAUUGGCUGCACGGGUACAAGUGUUUUUCAUGGCUGCAAAGCUUCUUGCUCUUGCGUUGAUUAUCCUUACUGGUAUUGUCAGACUUUUCCAAGGAUAUACAACAGAAUUAGAUGGCAAACAUUCAUUUUCUGGGACAGCAACUGUUUCAGAAAUUGGAUUAAUUGGACAAGCAUUUUACAAUGGUCUCUGGGCAUAUGAUGGGUGGAAUAACUUAAAUUAUAUUUCAGAAGAAGUACAUGACCCUAACAAAAACAUUCCAAGAGCCAUAGGUAUUGGUAUUCCAUUGGUAACAUUUGUGUACUUGUUGACAAAUAUUGCCUACUUUACUGUGUUGUCGGAGCAAGAUAUAAUUGAAGGUGGAGCAGUGGCAGUGUUGUUUGCAAACAAAAUGUUUGGUGUCAUGGCUUGGAUUAUUCCAGUGUUUGUUGCCUGCUCCACAUUCGGUGCAGCUAAUGGCUCUGCCUUGUCUAGUGGACGUGUAUUCUAUGCAGCAUCUAAAAAUGGAGAACUACCUAAAUUCAUGGCGAUGAUUCACAAUGCCCGAUUUACUCCUAUUCCCGGACUUAUUGUUCAAAGUAUCAUUGCAUGGCUCAUGUUGAUCCCAGAAUCCAGUGGUUUUAGCACCCUAAUUGACUAUUUUACGUUUGCUUCAUGGGUUUUUUAUGGUGCAACGAUUUCUGGCUUGCUCUACAUGAGAUUCUCCAAACCAAAUGCAGAACGACCCUUCAGAGUAUUCUUCAUUUUUCCUGUAAUAAUCAUUAUUGCAGCCCUUUAUUUGAUCAUUGCUCCAUUCUCUCAAAAUCCUCUUCCCUCCUUCUUUUGUCUCCUUUUCAUAUUUGCUGGAGUUCCUGUUUAUUUCAUCUUUGUUUAUUACAAACUAAGUCCUCAAUGGUUGGACAGAGGGAUUGAAUGGUUCACAUUUUGGGUGCAGAAAUUUGGUGAUAUAUCAUAUCCAGAACAUGCUGAAGAUAUUGUCGUUGGUUGACUGAAUCAACAUACUUUAGUUUAUUGUAGUUAUAGACUAGCUUUAACCUCCUUAAAAAGUAGGUCUGUGGUAGUCAACAAUAGCAUGUAAUAUGUAUUAUUGCAUAUAGUAUUUAGAUAUUUCAGUUUAUUUAGAAAUGUGUCCCAUCCACGCUAACGCAAGUAAAGUUGUAAAUAUUUUUUGUGUCUCCUAUGGCAAGUCAAAAACUUGUUAGCAUAUUAUUAAUUAUUCAUUCUAAUAAUAACAAUAAUAAAGGGCAUUGAAAUUUGAAAGCAAUAACUGUUAUUACAU